CACAGAGUUCAUGACUCAUGAGUUGAAGCAAAAGGAAGAAUGAAAAAGGAAAAAGAAAAAAAAGUCUCACUGAAGAUCCUGGGACAGAUGGAGUCAAGAUUUUAGAAAACUGGGGCAGCCUACUUAGACCCCAAGUUCCAGAUCUGGAAUCAGGCUACCAGGGAGUGAAACCGUCAGAGCUGUAAGAGAUCCGCUAAAAAGGGAUCUUUGUAGAUUUCAGAAAUCGCAGCCUCUGUGGAGAGCCAUGAACGUUGCACUAGAUUUGAUGGUCAAAGGCGGCCAUCCGCACCAAGGGUGACUCCAUCAGCAAGAGCAGGAGCCGGCGGAUAAGCCAAGGCACCGCGAGUGCUCCAGUCGGGUAGGGGCGAACCAGGUUGUCGGGAACCCAGUGACAGUAAAGACUGAGUGGCUUCACAUUCAUCGUAGGCCUCGUCGGGAAGGCAAGGGUGACCCCAAGAAGCAAACCAACUCAUCUGGUCGGCGCCCGCCACCUCCUCCCGCGCGAGUCCCAGAGCCAGGUGGAAAAGUUUGGGGAGGAGUCCUCGGCCAGCCAGCAGGACAUUUUUUCAUCCUCCAGCCACUGCUCUCAGGUGCGCUCCUCCGAGGGAGGAUGACAUGGAGAGUCCUCGCCGGGGGCCGAGAUUAGGAAACUCCGGGCACUUUGCACCUCACCCCGCUAGUCAGGCCUCCGCAGGCUCCUCCCUAGUCUUAUAAAGGUCGAAGCGCCGGGCAGUGGCGCACACUUGCCUGCGAGGCCCGCAGUCCGAGGGUCACUGCUGACGCGCGGCCCCUGCAAGCUCUCAGCGGCGCUCCAGCCACAGCCCGGCAGCGCGUCGAGCACUCCCGGUCCCGCCGCCCGCAGUGCAGCCCCUGCGCCCGUACGCUCCGCCUGCGCUCGCCGCGGGGACGAGGAUGGAGACGCGCCGCGCGGGCCUCGUGCCGCAGCUGCUGCUCUGCCUGGGUUUCCAUCUUCUACAAGCAGUUCUUGGUACCACCGUAAUUCCAUCAUGUAUCCCGGGAGAAGCUGAAGACAAUUGUACAGCUUUAGUUCAGAUGGAAGACAAUCCACGUGUGGCUCAGGUGUCCAUCACAAAGUGUGGCUCUGACAUGAAUGGCUACUGUUUGCAUGGGCAAUGCAUUUACCUGGUGGACAUGAGUGAAAAUUACUGCAGGUGUGAAGUGGGCUACACUGGAGUCCGAUGUGAACACUUCUUUCUAACCGUCCACCAACCCUUGAGCAAAGAAUAUGUGGCUUUGACUGUGAUUCUUAUCAUCUUGGUUCUUGUCAUCAUUGCCGGUUCCAUAUACUAUUUCUGCAGAUGGUAUAAAAAUCGAAAAAGUAAAGAAACAAAGAAGGAAUAUGAAAGGGUGACCUCCGGGGAUCCAGCACUGCCGCAAGUCUGAAUGGCGCCAUUCACCUAUGGGCAGGGAUGCAUAACUUGCCUGGUUAAUGAUCGAUUCCUAUUUUAUUAUUAAUAUUUAUAUUGGGUCACAUGUUAGGUCAACAACUGUAUAUUUUUAAUGUACUUGGAAAAUGUUUUUAUUUUUUUUGACAAUUUGCUAAGAUAUAAUAUGUAAAGUAUAUUUAAUACCAACAGGGAAUUGAUAUUUUUGUAAGAAAUAAUUUCCUGAGCUGAAUGCUUCAUUGAAAGCUCCAAAGCUUUUGCGCCUGCUACACAGUGCUUAGGAGUGAGUAGUGCCCAGUUUGUGGCUGAGAAAGUGACAGAUUUCUGUAAGCCUAAAUAUAUCAUAAAAUUAAUUUAAAUAGUAUAUUUUUAGUCCUCAAAUCAAUGAUAAUUGGUUUGACUAUAGCAUGGUUUGAUAAUAAGAGUUGGCACUGCUGUGUCAUUUAUUAAAAUAAGAAUGCAGUUGGAGAGUGAGAGAAGCAAACACAGGUCAUGUGCUACACAGGACACAUUUGUAACACACAGAGCUGGGAAGACCUUGACCUCUGAAUCCUCACCUCAGCUGUCAUUCAGAAACUAGGUAUUGGGAAGGGACUUGGGUGGUUCCCUCUGCCAGCCUGCACUCCUGCAGGUACCAGCUGCUCAGCAACAGAUUCUCUUGGAGUCAAAUGAACUGAAAAUCUUAAUUUUUUGUUAUAGUUCAUGUGAUAAGUAUUUCAUGGUGUCACAAAGUUGCAUUUUCGUGUAGAUGAUAUUUAGGUGAUAUAAUUGCUGUACAUAAGACAACUAGAAAAAAAAAUCCACACUUGAAGCUAAGAUUUAUGCUUUUUUAGAGUAUUUAUUUUCAAAGACAAUUUGUUGAAGAAUUCUGAGAUGAAAUCAAUUAUUAUUAUUUUAUAAUAUAAUGACAAUAGCUCUUUGUAUUGUCUAAAGAUGGAAAGUAAUUUCAUUUUCGAUUCAAGAGAAUUUUAAUCUAAAAAUAGAUCAAUAAACAGCCGCUUCUAGAAUUUAAAACUACAUCUUCAUACAAAUGGGAAAAAUAGAAAAAAAAUCAAUGUAUUUUUCCAAAUGAGAAACUCAUCUGAAAGAUUUUAAAAUUAGACACUUCACCCAACCUUCCUACAGAGGCUGACAUGACCAGAGCCCCUUUUCUGUUAUUGUUUGUGUUUUGGAAGAGAGAGGUUUCUUCUGCACUCUGAGCCCAUAGGUUGAAGUGAGUUAAUAAGAGUAUUUUGGACCAUUGCAUAAGGAGCCAUAGCUGUCACUACCUUUGGAUUCCAUGGGAGUCUGCCUCACUGAAUGCUAAGCCUUUGGACAGUCUCUCUGGAUCACAUACCAGGUCAGGGAGGAUCUGUUCUUCCUCCACUUUUUUCCAGGCAUGUGCUAAGGUAACAAAGAGAUAAUAAGCCAUGGCUGACCUUGGAUAAAUGGGUGCCGCGGCUUUCCUCCCUGUAUAUCUAUGCAUUGUAUACAGUGAUGUGUUCACAGACACUCAUCUAGCAUCUGGCUCUGCCUUUUGCUAUUAAGGAAACAAGCAGAGAAAAUGAACAAAAAAGUAUAAAAAUACAAAUCAUAUACAAAAAACAUAGAUGUCCAUGAAGUCAAUCAAUUAAUCAUAGAGUUGCAGUCACUUGUUGCUUUGCUAGCCAAUUUAUAAGACUUAAGAACAAGAAAAAGGGAAAUAGAAUAAAAAAAGUGAGAUCUAAAAGUUUAUUUCAUUUCCCACUUAAUAUAGCAGAAGUCAAAUAUGCUACAGAAAAAGGUUUUAAAUCUUAUACACACUAAUAGAUAUAAAGGAAAUCUUUCUAUUUUCAGUGAUCCUUACUAUUUCAAAGAAAACUUAUUGACUAAUCAAUAAUGAAAUAAGUUAUUUAUAUAAUAAUAAUGAAAUAAGCUAUUUCAUUUACAAAAGCAUCUCCAUAUUGGUAUUGGACUAUUUAAGUACCUCAAAUUAUAUUAAAUAAGUAAAUCCAAGUAGUUUGGUUUUUUUUUUAAGGAGUAUUUAUUUAUUUGGAAGGUAGAGUGACAGAGAUAAAGGAGAGAGGCAGAGACAGAAUGCAAUCUUCCAUCCACUGGCUCACUCCACAAAUGGUUGCAAAGGCCAGGGCUGGGCCAGACUGAAGCCAGGAGCUCCACCCAGGUCUCCCCAUGGAUGUCAGGCAUCUAAGUACUUGGGUCAUUCCCCAUUGCUCUCCCAGGCACACCAACAGGGAGCUGGAUUGGAAAUGUAGCAGCCCGGACUCGAAUCAGCACUUUUGAUAUGGGACGCUAACUUACUGUGCCACAAUAUCAGACCCAGUUUGGGGUAUUUAUGUUUAUUUAAGAAUGCUCACAAAAUCAAUCCCUGAAAGUUAAAUUUGUAUUGCUAAGUUCUUAUUAAAUAAUAAAAAUAUGACCUUAAUUUCUUUAUAUGGGUGAAAAUUACUAAAAAGAUUAUUAUUUUGUUAUUGUAAUGUCAAGUUAGCCAUAAAAAUGAUUGAGAACAUCUCUGGCUCAUAUUUAGACUCUCCCUCAGUUUAUA